AUGCACUCAUCCGCAUUGUAUUCCUUUUCUUUAGUAGUUUUGUUGGCAUAUUGUGAAACUUUGGUGAUCAGAAAGGGUCCUUUUGAAAAUUAUUAUGAAGUGGAUGUUAGCAAUUUAAAAGAGGAUAUCUCACAAAUAAAUGCAGAAUCCCAAAGGUUUUUGAUUCAGGGAGACAUUGCAGUAGUUGUAAAACGGAAUGCUCGUAAAGACCCAACAAAGAGAUGGACAUUCCCAGUUCCAUACAUUCUAACAGAUAGUCUUGAGUUAAAUGCCAAGGGCAUCAUCUUGGAUGUGUUUGAGCAGUUUCGCUUAAAGUCGUGCAUUGAUUUUAAACCAUAUAAAGGAGAAAAAUCUUUCCUAUCUUUUAAAAAGUUAAAUGGGUGCUGGUCUUUUGUUGGUAAUAACCACAAUGGCCAAGAUUUGUCCAUUGGUACAUGGUGUGACAGAAAACCUGUUAUUGAGCAUGAAAUUAUGCAUGCACUAGGAUUUUACCACGAGCACUCAAGAACAGACCGUGAUGAUUACGUUAAUAUUUGGUGGAAUGAAAUUCAGCCUGGUUAUGAGAUUGAUUUUGAAGUGUAUGGCGAUGACAUGAUUACUGACCACAACACUCCAUAUGAUUAUGAUUCUCUGGUGCAUUAUCCACCAUUCUUCUUCAACAGAAACAAUAGUGUGCGAACCAUCACUACAAAGAUACCAGCGUUUAAUGACAUUAUUGGACAGCGAUUAGACUUCAGUGCUCUUGAUCUGCUGAGGUUAAAUCAAUGGUAUAAAUGCAGUAAGUUCAGUUUUCUGACCGAAUAUGCUGGAUACUUCAUGUACCUUGAUACUAAGAAUAGCAAGGCAGGUCAAAAUGCUGUUCUGGAGUCCAGGAUCCUGUACCCCAGAAGGGAUGAGCAGUGUCUUCAGUUUUUCUACAAAAUAACAGGCAGUCCAAUGGAUAAGCUCGUUAUAUGGAUGAAAAUGGAUAAUGGAACUGGAACUGUUCAAAAACUAGUUAAAAUUCAUACAUUACAAGCGGAUGGCAGCCAUUCAUGGAACAUUGCCCAUGUGAAAUUCAAUGCGACAGCCAAGUUUCGUUAUGUUUUCGAAGGAAUAAUUGGUAACUCCAGUGAUUCUUCAGGUGGUAUUUUCCUGGAUGAUGUCACACUUACCGAGACCAAAUGUCGUUAUAGUGUCUGGCAUGUAAGGAACUUCACCGAAAGGAUUCAAAACAAUUAUAGGAGGACCAUAACCAGUCCAUGUUUCUAUAGCCCGGAAGGAUAUCGAUACGGUUUAACUUUAAGACUUCGGUCUCGUUAUGAAAAUUAUACAGGGAUCUUUUUCCACCUGUGCAGUGGUGAAAAUGAUGAUAUGCUUGAAUGA